AUGGGAUCAGAUAGUAGGGAAUUAGAUAGUGAGAUUAGUAGGGGAUUAAGUAGUAGGGAAUUAAGUAGUGAGGGAGGAAUUAGGGAGGAAUUUUCUUCUGAGGAAUUUUCUCCUCAGGAAUCCAUUACUAGUCCUAGGGAAUUAGAUACUAGUCAUAAAGGUCCCAUUAGUAGUCCUAAGGGUCAUAUUACUAGUCAGAAGGGUUAUAUUACUACUCCUAAGGAAUCUAUUACUAGUCAUAAAGGUUCUACUACUGGUCAUAGGUAUUUAGUUACUAGUCAUAAAGGUUCUACUACUGGUCAUAGGUAUUUAGUUACUAGUCCUAGGGAAUUAGUUACUAGUAAUCCUGAACCCAUUACUAGUCAUAAGGAAACAAGUUCCACUAGUCUACUAGUUACUACUGAACCAAUCUCCACUGGUGAACUAACAUCCACUAGUCUACUAGUUACUACUGAACCAAUCUCCACUGGUGAACUAACAUCCACUAGUCUACUAGUUACUACUGAACCAAUCUCCACUGGUGAACUAACAUCCACUAGUCUACUAAUUACUGGUACUGAACCAAUCUCCACUGCCGAACUAGUUACUAGUGAGUCAGUUGGUAGUGAAUUAAUUACUCCUUGUAUUAAGGAAUUAAGUUUGGAUAGUUUAAACUUUAAAAUAAAAACUUUUGAAACGAAUUUAAAUCCUUUAAGAAGUUCUAAACUCGAAGAAAAUUAUAAUUUCACAGAUAUAAAAUUAGACAAUUUUAGAAGAAAUUUUGGAUCAACUGAGUUAAGUGAAGGGACAAAUGGGUUUACAGAAGGAUUAACUGGGUUAAGUGAAGGAUUAACUGGGUUAAGUGAAGGAUCAAGUGGAUUUCUUGGUGAACCUAGAGAACCUGUGGAAUCUACGGAUAAAUUACCUAGUGGUGAAUUUGAAGACAAAUUACUCCCUGAGCCUAGAGAACCUAUGGAUAAAUUACUUACUGAGCCUGGACAUAAAUUACCCUUUAAAUCUGGAGAACCUAUGGAUAACUUACUUACUGGAGAACCUACAGAUGUAUUUCUAGGAGAACCUAUGGAUAAAUUACUUGAUGAGGAAUCUAAAGUUUGGUUUGCGGAAUUUAAUUUUCCAGUGGAUUUGAAAACAUUUAAAGAAAUUAUAACCGAAUCAAUAAAAGAUAAUAAUCAAAUAAAUACAUUAAUAAAAAGUAGAAGAACAAGUAAUGAUCUAAAUGAUACUAUCAGUAAGGAUUAUUCCGUUACGGUGCUUGCUCCAACGGCCGGUAAUGGACCUGAUAGUAAUACUACUAAUAGCCUAACUAACAGUACUGAGGAUAGUAAGGAUACUACUACCAUUGGAGCAAGCACCGUAACUGAGGGAAAGGGAGCUAAUUCUAUGCCUAUGGAGUGUAAUAGGGAAAGAGAGCUAAUAUACACUUUUGAUACUCCUCGAAAGGGAGCUAAUGACACAUUUAGUACUCCCGGAAAGGGAGCUAAUUCUACCCUUAUGGAAUGUACCCCGGGAAAGGGAGCUAAUUUUACCCUUAUGGAAUGUACUACUAGUAAUAAUAGUACUAAGGUAGCCCCUUACGGGGUUGGUCACCAUAUACCAAGCACCUUAACGGGAAAAAUAUAUAAUAUAAAAGAAAGAAAUAUAUAUUUAAAAGAUAAAAUAUAUUUAAAAGAUAAAAUAUAUUUAAGAAGUGAAGUAUUUAAAGAUAAAUCAUAUUUGAAAAGUGAUAUAUUUAAAGAAAUAUUAUCAAAAUGUCCAUAUUUGAAUGGACCAAAUAAAGAUAAUAAAAUAACUGAAAAAUCAAAUAUAAUAAUAAAGAAAUUAUUAAAAGAAACUAAUGAAGAUUAUAAAUAUUUUCAAUCAUUUAAUACAAUUUUUCAAAAAUAUGAACAAAUUUUUCCAAAUCAAAAUAAAUAUAAAAAAAUAAAAUUAUUUGAUAAAAAAAUAAAAUUAUUUGAUAAAAAAUAUAUAAAAUUUAAUAAAUUUAAUAAAUUUAAUAAAUAUUUACAAUAUGAUACAAAAACAUUUUUAAAAGUUUAUUCCAUAGAAUUAUUCUAUACAGUUAAUUAUAUAUCUAUACAGUUAAUUAUAUAUCUAUACAGUUAA